GCUGUGGAAACCAGUGUACUCUAAUAGAGAGCCUCAAGAGUCUCAAUAUCCAUCUUGCAUUCUCCACCGUUUGAUUUUGAUCAAACAAACCAUGCCGAUGAUCUACGUGGAUCGGAUUACUCGCCGGAUCGCGGUCGGAAACCGGGAAGAGGCGACCCACCCCGCCGCUCUCAAGGCGGCGCUGGCGGAGUUCAUCUCAACCCUAAUUUUCGUCUUCGCGGGCCAGGGAUCCGGGAUGGCCUUCAAUAAGAUCACUCAUAGCAGCUUCACUACCCCCUCCGGCCUCAUCGCCGCCGCUAUUGCCCACGCAUUCGGACUUUUUGUCGCCGUCGCCAUCAGCGCUAACAUCUCCGGCGGCCACGUCAAUCCCGCUGUCACGUUCGGCGCGUGCCUCGGCGGCCACAUCACCAUCCUACGUGGCCUACUCUACUGGAUUGCCCAGUUGCUUGGCUCCGUCGUCGCGUGCUUACUCCUCAAGUUUGUCACCAAUGGCAUGACUACAACCGCUUUCGGUUUAUCAUCAGGAGUAAAUGUAUGGAACGGUUUCGUAAUGGAGAUCGUAUUGACCUUUGGGCUGGUCUAUACCGUAUACGCUACCGCACUGGAUGGUAGGAAGGGCGAGUUGGGAAUUAUAGCACCACUCGCGAUCGGUCUCAUAGUGGGGGCCAAUAUUUUGGUGGGUGGGGCCUUUGACGGAGCAUCCAUGAACCCGGCUGUUUCGUUCGGCCCGGCCGUCGUGAGUUGGACUUGGGAUAACCACUGGAUCUAUUGGGCCGGGCCUCUUAUUGGUAGUGCAUUGGCUGCGAUUAUCUAUGAGUUGUUCUUCAUGAACCAUACCCACGAGCAAUUGCCCACCGCUGAUUACUAAUCAUCAUCAAAUGCUUCCAUGGCUUUUCUCCUGUUUUGGAGGUUUUUUUUUUCUUGCUUCUUGUUAAUUAUUUGCAUCCGUUGAUCUUUCUUGGUUUGUGUUGAGAUAGCCAUCACAUCACCGUUGGAUACCCCCUGAAUCAUUGUUGUGUGUUCAUGGAAUGGGAUCCAAAGUAUUGUAGCGUGAUUGGGGUCGGUUGUAUGAUUAAAUCUUGCAUCCUAUUUGCAUUUCAUUUUUCCUUUAGAUUGUUGUGAAUUUAAUGUAUGAGUCCUACAUAUAAUGCUGAUAAAAAAUA